CUCUGGGACACGUUCACCGUGGGCUACCGUGGUCGUGACACCCAUCGGGAUGUCUCGGUGCGGCAUCGGGGCAGCCGGAGGAGUUGGGGAACGGCGCACCCCCAACGGGUCAACACCCCCCCCAACCCUCCCACGCUCCCCACGGGAGAGCCCACGGAGCCGGGAAAAGGCGGAGCCGACCCGCACAUGCUCGCUGCCUUGUUUUGCAGGGCCCGGCGGGGCCGCCCCGUCCCGUCCCGCCCCACCGGGGCCGCCCCCGGGCGCGCCGGGCACUUAAAGCGCGGCGGGCGGGCGGGCGGCCGGGCGGCGGCGGGGAGGUCGGGCUACGGCACGGAUCGAGCUUUAGCCAUGCUUUUCGAUCGCCUCAAACGCUUCUUGAUCGUGCUGGAGGGGACGGAGCAGGACGCUCCGACCGCCUUCAGCCCCGGGCAGGCGGUGUCGGGCCGCGUGGUGCUGGAGCUGGCGGCGGCGGCGCGGAUCGGAGCCCUGAGGCUGCGGGCGAUGGGCGCUGCCCGCGUUCACUGGACCGAGUCCCGCAGCGCCGGCUCCAGCACCGCCUACACGCAGAGCUACAGCGACCAGGUGGAGUUUCUCAGCCACCGCGACACGCUGCUGGCACCCCCAGUUCUGCAGGAGAGAGAUAAUCGUCUUAAAUCUGUUUUGCCCACAGACAACGGUGAAGUCACUGUCCUGCAGGCAGGAAGGCACGAGUUCCCCUUCACCUUCCAGCUCCCCGAGACCCUGGCUACCUCCUUUGAGGGAAAGCAUGGCAGCGUGCGCUACUGGGUGAAAGCCAAACUGCACCGACCCUGGUCGACAGUGAAGAAAGUGAAGAAGGAGUUCACUGUGAUUGAACCCAUCGACAUCAACACGCCUGCCCUGCUGGCUCCCCAGGCAGGUGCUAAGGAGAAACUUGCUCGUGCCUGGUACUGCAAUCGUGGCCAGGUUUCUGUGACUGCCAAGAUUGACCGAAAAGGCUACACCCCAGGUGACGUCAUCCCGAUCUUUGCUGAGAUCGACAACUGCACAAGCCGAGCGGUGGUGCCCAAGGCGGCCAUCAUCCAGACUCAGACCUUCAUCGCUCGGGGCACCAAGAAGCAGAAGAAAUCGGUGGUGACCAGCAUCGUUGGUGACUCCAUCGCAGCGGGGAAGCGGGAAGUGUGGCAUGGGCGGGCGCUGAAGAUCCCGCCGGUGGGGCCGUCCAUCCUCCAGUGCCGCAUCAUCCAGGUGGAAUACUCCCUGAAGGUUUGUGUGGAUAUUCCUGGGACGUCCAAGCUGCUCCUUGAACUGCCGCUUGUCAUCGGAACGAUCCCGCUGCAUCCGUUCGGGAGCCGCACGUCCAGCGUCAGCAGCCAGUACAGCGUCAACCUGGACUGGCUGAGCACCAUCCCGGAGCAGCCGGAGGCUCCCCCUGAAUACUCGGAGGUCGUGUCCAGCCCGGAGGCUGAGCAGAGCCUGGCUCCGCCGUGCCGCAGUGAACUCGGCGGCAUCCUGGAAGGUCCCUUCUUCACCUACAUCCAGGAGUUUCGCUUCCGACCGCCUCCGCUGUAUUCGGAGAUUGAUCCAAACCCCCCUUCAAACAACAUCCGUCCGCGCUGCAUGACCUGUUGAGAGAAGCGCAUCGGAUGCAGUUGACAGCAUGGCGAUCCCUUGGGAUGAAAGCUUGCACCCUCGCAGCACUUCGGUCUGGAAAUGGGGACACGGUGGCCGUGAGACCAGAGCUCCUGCAGCGCCGAGACCCCGGCUCCGCUCACUGCCCUCAACUACUCUUGUCGUGACUGUCCCACGGACCGACACCAAGCGUGGUGUUGUGGGCUCGUGCAUGGUAGGAGAACACGUGAGACCCCGCGGCGUGGAGCGGCUCCGUGUGUGGUUGGGCAGGACGCGGCGAGUUAAUAACUGCCCCAGGAUUUUGGGGUUCAAAGGGAGGAUAUGUGCGCUCCCCUUGCCUGCAGUGGCCAUGCUCUGGCAACUCCUGUCAUGGAAAACAGGAGCUUGGAGGUGUUUCUCAGGAUUACUAGAGAAUAUUUUAAUGUUGCUCAGAUUUGAGUGCCGUGGUAAUGCAGGUGCAGCCCUUCUCCUGCAGUAGCUCACCAGGAUUGCGGUUCCCUAAGAAAGUAAAAGGCCUUUUUCUGCCCAGAUGAAGCAGAGACUUCGUCCACUGCUGAUAAUCUUUGCCGCAAGCCUGGCGAUGCCUGCAGGGGGAAUGGUUUGAGCUAGUCUACCGAAACUAAAGGCUUCCAUGGGCUGUUACCAGGGCAGAGGACUUGGGGGACAAAUUUAUGAUCUGUGGCAGCGUUUUGGUGCCGUUUACCAAGAACAGGAAAGCUGGUUCCUGUGUGUCGGCGCCAAACCUGCGCAAUGUGCUGAUGCCUCCCCCGUGAUGGGGCUGAAACCGACCCCCAGACUGCGGUACCAGCACGGGGGUGUUGGAGCUGUGGCUCUGGCAUCUCCCUGGUGGCCAAGGAGAGGAGAAGGAAGCCCGGUCUGAGGCUGGUGGCAGCCACAAAUGCUUAUGGGAGAUGUGGAGUUGAAAUGAGUCCUUCAGGGCCAGGGGUCCUGCUCAGGACGGGCUUGAUCCUGCACCCGUAGAGGGGUCAGUGGCCCCAGCGCGGUGAGGACACAGCAGCAACCUGUGCUCACCGGUGUGGGAACUGGUGAGCCAGGCAUUGUAGCAAGGACCGCUCGAGCGUGCGUGCCAGGGGCUGACCCCGCUCGCUCCGGCAUGACCUGAGCAGAGUUCGGGUGCUGAGGACCUUUGCAUUCCCUCACUGAGACAAUCCUGCCCGCGGGGCUGCUCGCUUCCCCGCGCACAACCAAAGCCAAGCGUGCCUUAGCCUCCAUGCUGGGGCCGCGCUCUGCUCGCUGGGGAUUGCUCAGAUGAUCUUUUGUAUCUGUGAACACUUUUGUAAUGACCACUCUUGUCUCUAUUCUUUUUGUACGACUUUUUGUUGGGGAAUUUUGGUUCGAAAUAAAUUCUUUA